AUGUUGCCUCUCGGUCUCCUCACGGCCGCACAGGGCCACCCCAUGCUGGUGGAACUGAAGAACGGCGAAACUCUGAACGGCCACCUGGUUACGUGCGAUAACUUCAUGAACCUGAUUCUGCGCGAGGUAGUGCAGACGAGUCCUGAGGGCGACCGCUUCUUCAGACUACCCGAAGUCUACAUCCGGGGCAACAACAUCAAAUACCUACGAGUUCCCGAAGAGAUUGUCGAGAUUGUCAAAGAGCAGCAACAGAACCAACCACAAGGCCGUCGCGGCGGGCGAGACGGUGAUCGUGGCCGCGGUCGUGGUCGGGGUGGUGGUGGUGGUGGCGGCCGGGGUGGACGUGGUCGGGGACGAGGCGGCCCCAAUUAG